AUGUGGGAAACCGUGGCUCAUAAACUUCGAGGUUUAGUACACGUCGGCAAAGUUGAGACUUCAGUGAAUGAUGACGUCACCGAUCGGUUCCACAUCGAUGGAAAUCGAAUUGCCGACGAAUCUCCAUCGUGGCAAAAUGCUAUCGCUAUAAAGAAUCCGCAAAAGACGGUGCCGGAACCGCCAACGGCGAUUGAACACAUCUACGAGUACACCAAGGAGAAAAUCUUAGACGUUAUGGAAGACAAUCAAAUGCUGUCAGUAAUCGGUGUCGGAGGUCUGAUACUGAUCGUCGCCAUCACUCUGAUUAUCAAAGCCUAUCGAAUCAAACAACAGGACAAAGCGAAAAGCGCC